UCAGUCAGCAAUAGGAAUUACAAGAAAUAACAACGCGAUGGGAAAGCUGCGGCUCCGCAUAAAUGAUAAUCUAUGGCUAAUGCUUUACGGAUUACUGUUAUUGCUACCGCAUUUGAUAGGCAGCAGCAAACUGGAUAUUGGCUAUGUUGACGAUGUGAUGCAACAGGCAAAGGCAGCGGAAAUCGCUAGCUUCAUGAACGAGAGCGUCGAUCCGUGCGAGAACUUUUAUGAAUUCGCCUGCGGCAAUUGGGCGCGCAUCAAUCCGGCCACAACGUUGAAUAAGAUAUCGACGGGACUGUUCGAGCGCCUGACAGAUGGCCUCAAUCGCAAGGUGAGGCGUAUACUGAACAGCGAGAGCGAUGAGGACGACACUGAGGAGGAUGUGCAGGUGAGAAACUUCUACCGUUCCUGCGUGGCAGUGCGCGACGUGGACAGCCACUAUCAGCAGAAGCUGAAGGAUUUGAUAGCCGAGUUCGGCAAGAUGCCGGCACUGACUCCUGACUGGCAGGAAACGGAGUUUGAUUGGCUAGAGACAGUGGGGCGCAUAGCCUAUCGCUACGCCAUCCCCAUCAUACUGUCCGUUGAGGUGACCAAGGACUUUGCCAACAACGAGAUCAACGUGGCCUACAUUGGCCAGCAGGAUUUCCCCCUGGAGACGCGCAGCAUGUACCUGGACAACAAUACAGCCAUCUACAGACACAACUAUCAGCACAAUAUGGCGAAAAAGCUUCAGAACUUCUUGGGCCUGCCACGGCAGAAGUCGGUCCAAUUGGCCUCUGAACUGAUGGACUUUGAGGUGGAGCUGGCACGCGGGCUGAUCAAUAUGUCAGAGGGACUGCACCUGACCGACAUCGCACAGCUGUCCACCAUCGCUGAGAUGCAGCAGAGCUAUGGAGCUGUCCUGGACGUGGAGCGAUUGGUCAAUAUAUCGCUGGGCGAGCAGAUCAAGGGCAAUGUCUACGACUUCAAUCCACAGUAUCAGCAGAAUUUGAUGAACGUGAUCAGUAGUACACCCAAGCGCGCUAUAGCCAAUUAUAUAUUCUUUCGCUUGAUCAAUGAGUUCAUCAUGGAGCCGGGCAAGACGCUGGCCAAACGGCAGGAGAAGUGUAUAACGCGGACCAAGCAACACUUCUCCAAGAAUCUGGACAACAUGAUCUUUCGGCGUUACAACAACAACGACACGGCCGCCGACAUUGACCUGAUCUGGCACCAGCUGAAGUCCACCUUCGAGCAGACUCUGCAAUCCGACGAGUCCCUCGACUGGAUCAGCAGACAGACCCGCGAAACCGCCAUCGAGAAGCUCGCGGCUAUGAAGCUCGAGGUGAACUCGUAUGCCAAUGAAAACUUGACCGAGGAUUUCGCUGGUCUGCGGCUGCAGAGGGAGGAUUAUGUGGAGAAUGUACGCCAGACCCUUAUACUGGCCUCCAUGCAGAGUCGCGAGCAGCUGCACAAGCCCGUCAAGCCGCUGGAUGCGGGCGAUGUGCUCAGCUAUACACCCGCCAACAUUCUCGUGGAGAAUGUCAUCAAGGUGCCGGUGUCGCUGCUGCAGCCUUAUUAUCUGUGGGCCGCCAGCUAUCCGAAUGCCAUCAAGUUCGGCACGCUGGGCGCCCUGAUCGGUCACGAGCUGAUCCACGGCUUCGAUGACGCCGGGCGCAAGUUCGAUGCACGCGGCAACAUCAACGACUGGUGGGACGAGCAGUCGGCGGACAAUUUCGAGACGAGGCAGCGCUGCUUUUCGGAGCAGUACAGAACGUACGUCUACCAUGGCAUCCGGCUGCCCAAAGCAAAGUCUCAGUCGGAGAACAUUGCGGACAAUGGAGGCCUGCGCUUGGCUUAUGCCGCCUAUCGCAAUCUGCAAAGCGCCCUGGACGCCACCGUCGGCGGCAGGCGGCAGCUGCUCAAGGAGAAGCUGCCCACGCUGAACUACACCAACAUGCAGCUGUUCUUCAUCUCCUUUGCCCAGGUCUGGUGCAAUGAUGCGCACACAAGUACGCACAACCUGCAGAUAUCCGUGGAUCAGCAUGUGCCCGGCGAGCUGCGAGUCAUCGGUACGCUCUCGAAUUUCGAGGAGUUUGCCAAGGAGUUUCAAUGUGCCGCCGGCACACGAAUGAAUCCCCUCAAGAAAUGUAAAAUAUACUAAAACUAAACAAAUGCUCGCAUC